AUGCUGGUCCUUUACAGCUGCGUGUCAAAUAACUCAAGCAAGUACUUUGUGAAAGUGUUGCACAAUGAACGUCCGAUUCCUAUUCCAGUCAUCCAUGAUGUAGAUCGGCAGAAGGUUCCUAUGCGUUUUAUUAUUACAAGUUCUGGAUUAGUAGGAUCUGAUGGUCCUACACAAUGUGGGGCGUUUGAUAUAGCAUUUAUGUCCUGUUUGCCAAACAUGAUUGUGAUGGCUCCUUCUGAUGAAGUUGAGCUUUCUCAUAUGGUUGCAACUGCUGCCCUUAUUGAUGACCGGCCAGUUUGCUUCCGCUACCCUCGCGGCGCCCUUUCAGUGACGGACCAUUCCUCUGGUAGUGGAAUUCCCAUUGAGGUUGGCAAAGGGAGAAUACUUACAGAGGGUAAAGAUAUUGCUUUACUUGGCUAUGGUUCCAUGGUACAAAAUUGUCUUAGAGCUCAAUCUCUUCUUUCAAAGCUAGGUGUUGAAGUGACUGUCGCUGAUGCAAGGUUCUGCAAGCCCCUUGACAUAAAGCUACUUAGACACUUAUGCAAAAACCAUUCCUUUCUAGUUACAGUCGAGGAAGGCUCUAUAGGAGGAUUUGCUUCACAUGUUGCACAGUUCAUGACUCUAUUGCCUCUUUUGGCAGAAAUGCCGCUAAAGGCUUUAUCGACCCCGGCAUCACCGGCUAAAGAUCAAUUGCCGGUAAAUGAUAUAGCGGCUAUUGUUAUUGCCGUCAAUGCUGUUUUUAUUGCCGCCAAAGACCUUUUGUAG